AUGUCGCUCCUCCCCGCCCCCUCGUCCCCCCUCGCCCGCGCUGCCCACAUCCGCAACCCCGAGCGGCGGCGGACCCUCGCAGCCCUCGUGCUCGCCCUCGCCCUCCUCCUCCUCGUACUCUCCGGGCACGCCCAAUACCGCCCUUCCCCAUUAGACCCUCCCCUCCACACAGCACCCGCAGGACGCUGGAGGCUGCUCCCCGUAGACCUGCAAAGCAUCCCCGACAUCGAGCCUCUGCUGGGCCACGCGCUCUGGCCUCCCUCGCGGUUCGACCUGCGCCGGCGGUCCGCCCCGUCUGAAGGACCUCUCUCUCUCCAGACACCUGCGUCUCAGCGGCCGCUGCACCUGACUCCCGACUCCAUGCCCAGCCCAGAGCCCGCGCGGGACAUCGCAGCGUCGGCGCAAGACCUGGCAGCCUCGUUCCGGGCUAUUGCCGACAGAGAGGACAGACCGCGACGGCACAUGGCCAAGCAAGGCACGAAGGGCAAGAAAACAUAA